CGAAAAGUUCCUAAAUCUAACCUAAGUUGGUCGUCCAUUUCGUGUCCCUCUUUGCAAAGUUUGCACGUGUUUGUGAAGCAUCAGUUUCGGGUGAUAAAAACUCGCUAUGGCUCCAAAAGGAAAUAAUAUGAUUCCGAAUGGCCAUUUCCAUAAGGAUUGGCAACGUUUCGUUAAAACCUGGUUCAACCAACCGGCCCGAAAAUUCCGCAGACAUCAGACUCGCGUCAAGAAAGCCAAAGCCAUCGCCCCCAGGCCCGUAGCUGGACCCCUGAGGCCUGUGGUUCGGUGCCCCACUGUGCGAUACCACACCAAGGUACGCGCAGGCCGUGGCUUCACCCUGCAAGAGCUGAAGGCUGCUGGCUUAAACCGCAGAUUUGCGAAAUCUACCGGGAUCGCAGUUGACCCCCGGAGGCGCAACAAGUCUGUGGAAAGCGUUCAGCUGAACGCUCAACGACUGAAGGAAUACAAGUCCAAGUUGAUUCUCUUCCCGAUCCACCCCAAAAAGAAGCUGCGCGCUGGGGAGGCAACUGAGGAGGAGAGGAAGGUGGCCACCCAACUGCUGGGUGAAGUACUCCCCAUCAGGCAGCCUACCAUCAAAACCAAGGCGAGAGUUCCAAAUGAGGAAGACAAAAAGCUAAAUGUUUACGUCACGCUCAGGAAAGCGCGUGCUGAUGCUCGAUUAGUGGGAAUUCGGGCCAAGAGAGUAAAGGACGCAGCCGAAAAUCCCGAAGACGUCACUAAGCUGGCAAAGGAAAAGAAGGGAAAAUAAAUGUAGUUGAAUACAUUUUUUAAAUAAAAAAACUGACAUUGCA